GCAGAAAGCUUCCGAAACUUAGGUCAAAAACUACACGGAACGCCGCUGAUUAUGAUGCGGACGGAAUCUUUAAUAAUCUGAUAAUCAUCACUUUAUAGAAAUUUUUUAUUACUUCAAUAUGAUUCACAAGAAUUUAUUGCUUCUAUUUUUACUAAUUUUCCCCGCCACUGUAUUGUAUUCAUCAAAAGGAUUUGUAAAUGCUCAAAUAGAUUUAAAUGAUGAUGAUUCUGAAGCAGAUAUUGAAGACCCACAAUCAGACACUGAAAGCUCCAUUAUUGGAAAGGAUGACUUAAUGGAUGAAGAUGAACCUGAGGAUAAAACACUAAAAGCAUCACCAGAUGCUGAUACAACUUUUAUUUUUACUCAACCUGCUGGAUUAGGAACAGAAUUACCUGCUGGAAAGGAUGUUCAUUUCCUCGUUGGCUUUGCAAAUAGAGGAUCUAAGGAUUUCAUAGUUGAGUCUAUGGAUGCUUCAUUUCGCUACCCAUUGGACUUCACCUUUCAUAUUCAAAAUUUCAGUGCCAUUCCGUAUAAUAGAGUAGUAAAACCAAAACAAGAUAUAUCUCUUUACUAUGCAUUUUACACUAGUGAAACAUACAGCUCCAGGCCUUUUGGUUUAGUUGUCAACCUUUAUUAUAAGGAUGCUGAUGGACAUCAGUAUUUAGAUGCAGUGUUCAAUGAAACUAUCACUAUUGUAGAAAUUGAAGAAUCACUUGAUGGUGAAACAUUUUUCAUGUAUGUUUUGCUUGCUGCCUGUGCUGUCCUAAUCCUUGUUGCAGCUCAGCAGUUUUUGGUAAACUUUACUAAAAAGAAAAUGUUAUCUGGACAGAAAAUUGAGACUGGAACUCAAAAUCAUCAUAAUGAUGUGGAUUAUGAUUGGUUGCCUAAAGAAACAUUAAAUGAACUCAACAAGUCACCUAGGAGAUCAGACAGAUUGUCUCCAAGAAAAUCUAAACAUUCCCACAGUAAAAAUGCCCAAACCUCACCCAAGCAAUCUCCCAAGCAGCAAACACAGCAACCUCAGCGGAGAGCUAAGAGAGGAGCUGGUGGUAAAGAGAAUUAAUAGUGUUUUGAAUAAUGCUCAUUUUUACUGUGACAUUGGUUGUAUUGCUGCGUCAUUGUGAUACAUCUUAUGUGUUAAUAAAAUAUGGACUGUGGUAGUGGUUUUUUAA